UUGACGUAACUGAAAAACGUAACAUACGCAAAUCUAAGAUUACACGUGGAAAUAGUUAUCAAAACUAGACGGAAGGUCAAAACAAGGUUGGGAAACACCUGUAAGCCUAAUAUUUACUUAGACUUAUCAGUUGAUAUCAAAACAAUCUUAAAAGAAUAAAAAAAUCUAAAAACCAUCUGUCAGAUUUUAGGUAUUUAAGAAGAACAUUUCUUCAAAAUUAACAUCAGUUAAAAAGUAACAUCAGUGAAAAGUAGAAACGUAUACCAAGGAAGAUGAAUAAGUUCAUAGCAAUUUUGGUUGUCACCACGUUCAUUGCUUCGGCAUUGGCCACCGACUAUUGUUCGGCAAAUUUGUGCAAUAAAGGUGUCACACAUGUUGCCUGUGGUGAGAAGAAAUUUGCCAGCUCAUGUCCCUCCAAUGCCGGUUUUGUCAACAUCGACAACAAUCUUAAAGCUGAAAUUGUUAGGGCCCACAAUGAAAAACGUAAUUUGGUGGCCGGAGGUGGUGUCAAUGGUCUUGCACCUGCCUGUCGUAUGGCCACCAUGGAAUGGGAUGAUGAGUUAGCUGCCAUUGCUGCCUAUAAUGUUCUGCAAUGUAAGAUGUCUCAUGAUAAGUGUCGCAACACGGAAUCCUUUAAAUAUGCUGGACAAAACUUGGCCUGGAGAUCGUACUGGGGUACACCAAAUUAUAGUUCACUUUUCGGAAAAUCUUUCGAUAUGUGGUAUGAUGAAGUGAAGGAUGUCAAAAUGUCUUACAUUAACUAUUUCCCGGUUGGCUACAGUGGACCUAUGAUUGGCCAUUUCACAGUUAUGAUGGCCGAUCGUAAUGUUCGUGUGGGUUGUGCUGCUGCCACUUACGACGAUACCAGAAUUUCUGGGGAUAGACAGAUUUUCUUGAUUGCCUGUAAUUAUGCCACCACCAAUAUGGUGGGUUUCCCCAUAUACAAGAAUUGCAGUUCUCCAGCGACUUCAUGUACCUCGGGUAAAAAUUCUCAAUAUCCCAAUUUGUGUUCUACUUCGGAAAAAUAUGAUGUUAAUAAGUGGUAUUAAACUGUAUUGCUAAUAGUUUUCUGCUGAUGUUUGUUUGUU